AUGAUGAACAGUGUUGAGCGAAUAUCACAGUUAAUACCUAAAUUUAAACAACAGUUGCUCUUUUUGGAAGAACGUGAAAAAUUAUUCACGAAAAUUAAUGAUUAUUCUGUUCAAUGUGAUGGUUCGUUAUCUACUAUAUUGACAAAUUCUCAAACAACAUCUAUGGUUCCAAUCAAUUCUCAACCAUCUACUUUUGUUCCCGUACCAACAACUGAUUCUUUAUCAAAAGAAUCUAUGGAUUAUUCAAGAUCUGAUCAUUCUGACGUUGGUGCAUAUAUUAAUAUAGCUUUUCCAGAUGAUUAUAAAAUUCCUCUAUUACCAAAGGCAUUGAUUAAAGAUAUUGAAGAUGGAAUUUUAGAAAAAUUUGGUCCACAUUGUGCAAAUCGACAAAUUCUGAUUGAUGCUAUUGUUUAUGAUCUUCUUGACAAAUACAAUCUCUUUUAUCCAACACACAAACAAUUUGAUGAUAUUGCUACUGCCAUUGUCAAAUGUAUUAAAUUACCUUUAACAAAACAAAAUAUCACUGUAUGGAAAGAUGCUUUACAAACAAAACUCAAACGUAAACGCUUCGAAAAUUCAAAUAACGGUGUUGUUCAAGAAUAUCGGCUAAAAUAUUCACGGUCAGGAUCUGGACGUCCAGUUAAACGAAAAAUUGGUGAAACAGCUGAACGUGAUCGAUAUAAACAAAUGAUAAUAAGUCCGUACAAUGAUGACGCAUCAAAUGAUAUUCAAUUAAAAGUAGAUCAACUACGAGAUACAACUACGAUUGAUAUUCAUACUCAAUUACGUUUAUGGAAAGAAACACUUUAUUUUCGUCGACAAUCUAUCAGGGAUCGAUCAACAGCAGAUGCUCUAAAAGAUUUUUCAGGUUAUGGUAAUUCAUUGUUGGUCCUUGAAGAAGUUAAAAUGUUGAUGAAAAUCGAUUUGAGUGCUGCUGUACGACGACAAAUUCCUGUCUUAUUAGACAAAAUGCUCGAAACUCCAAUGUUCAUUACAGAUUCACCUCCUAUUCGGUUAAUCAAAGUUUUAUGUCGACAAUUUGAUGAAACUCUACAACAUACGUUGUGUGAUAUGGAACCGAUGACACCAUACCCAACAUUGGUGUGUAUUGAUGAUCUGAUUCAUGUCUAUGUUGACUUCAAUCCAAUUCUCUCAACAAGUUCACCAGAUGAUGCUAUUGCGCUUCUUAUUGCCAUGUACACAAUUUUCGAAUUAGCAUUUGAUAAAAAGAGUCGAACAAUUCGAUUUCUUUAUUCCGUAUUACAUGGUGAUAAGCGUCACCUUUCUAAUUCUAUUCGUUUCUUAAUCAAAGAGAAGAGCAUCGAUAUGCAGUGUGAACAACAUCACAUAUCAUCAGCUUCUUCCAACGCUCCAUGCAAUAAUAUAACAGCACCUGUCGUUGAAUUUCAAACACAAUCUCAAAUUCCGAUGAAUUCAUCACAUGAUUCUAUAAAUGAACAGGAUUCUUCAACUUCUAUUCAAACAAUAGAGCAAAAAUCUUCUAAUACUAAUUCUAAUUCUGACAUACUUGUUGCUACACAUGAAUGCCAUAAUAACAUCGAAAAAACACCAUUGGUCAGUCUUGAUUUACAAAAUACAACAAAAACACAACGAAAAAGAAAAAUCAACACCAAUCUAGACGAGGAGAAUGGCGUGUUUCUUAACGCUUCUGGAAAAAAUGAUCACCAACUUUCGACUCUACAUCAAGUCCCUCUCGAUGAUGUUACUAAUGCACGUGCUAAUACACGACAAACAAAAAAAAAGCGACGAUCUUAA